AUGACGACGGCGGCGCGGCCGACGUGGGCGCCGGCCAAGGGCGGGAACGAGCAGGGUGGCACGCGCAUCUUCGGGCCCUCCGGGAAGUACUCCUCCCGCGACCUCGCCGCCCACACCUCCCUCAAGCCCAGGCUCCAUCAAGAGAGUGAAUCCGUAAUCAAAUGGCUUAUCAGGCUUCAUAUGUUCCUCAUUGUGGGAAAAGAGGGUCAGCAAACUCAGGAGGAGGUACAGAAGAGGAAUCUCAGGGAUGAACUUGAGGAGCGUGAACGCAAGCACUUCUCAUCCAAGGAUAAGUCCUAUGUUGAUGAGAGGGACCAGCGGAAAAGUUCGAGCCUGCUCUUAGAAGGUUCAAAACGGGAUGAGGAUAAGAUAGUUCCACGUGAAAUUGAUGCGGACGACUCUGACGUGGAGCUCAAAAGUGAUGAUGAAAGCGAUGAUGAUGACGACGACGAUGACACUGAGGCACUCAUGGCAGAGCUCGAAAGGAUUAAAAAAGAAAGAGCUGAGGACAGGCUUAGAAAGGAGCGUCAGCAAGCAGAAGAAGAGGCCAAGAUGAAGGAGGCCGAGCUGAUGCGAGGAAACCCACUGAUCAAUAUGAAUAACUCUGGCUCCUUCAAUGUGAAGAGAAGGUGGGAUGAUGAUGUGGUAUUCAAGAACCAAGCUCGUGGAGAGACUAAGACACCAAAACGGUUCAUCAACGACACCAUCAGAAGUGAUUUCCACCGCAAGUUUCUGCAUAGGUUAUUGCUAUCUACUGUGUACUACUUAGAGAUCAAGAUCGAGUAG